GACCGAUUCGAGCAGCGUCACCGCGGCGUCCCUCGACGCGGACGAAACCAUGCGGCAGGCCGUGGAUCGGUUCGCACGCGCAUGGCGGCCGCCAACCGGUGGUUCAUCCAGAGCUGCAUCGCGGAGAUCGAUGACGCCCGCGGCUUCGCGACGGAGAAGGAGAAGCUCCGGCGGAUGAAGACGUGGCGCCACUUCGAGGACCUCGACCAGGACGGGGGCUCGAGCUUCCGCGCUUUGACUCGAUCCCGGAGUUCCUUGACUGGUAUGCAAGCUGGGCGGAUCACUUGGAUGCUCGCGCGAUGCUCAGUCUCCGCCGGCAUGCAGAAGGGUGUGAGACGGAUUGCGAGUCCGAUUGCGAGGACCACGAGCCGUUGUGUUGGGUUAUCGUUGUUCUUUGGGGGGGAGCAACCCGUUGAGCAGAUCCAUGGCGCGCGGUGCUGCUUGCAUAUAUCUGGUUAG